AUGUUGUUGGUGCUGUGCGGCCUCCCUUUCGUGUUGGCCCUCGAGAAGAGCAUGCACCUCGGCCGCCUGCCCUCUCGCCCUCCCCUGCCAGGCAGCGGGGGCAGUCAGAGCGGAACCAAGAUGCGAAUGGGCCCUGGAAGAAAGUGGGACUUUCCCCCUGUUUCUUGGAGUCAAUACUUUGAAUCCAUGGAAGAUGUAGAAGUAGAGAAUGAAACUGGCAAAGAUGCCUUUCGUGUUUACAAGAGUGGUUCAGAAGGUCCAGUCCUACUCCUCCUGCACGGUGGAGGCCAUUCUGCCCUUUCCUGGGCUGUGUUCACAGCAGCAAUCAUUAGUAGAGUUCAAUGUAGAAUAGUGGCUUUGGAUCUUCGAAGUCAUGGUGAAACAAAGGUCAAGAAUCCUGAAGACCUAUCAGCAGAAACAAUGGCAAAAGAUGUCGGCAAUGUGGUUGAAGCCAUGUAUGGUGGUGAUCUCCCUCCUCCAAUUAUGCUAAUUGGCCAUAGCAUGAGUGAUGCUAUUGCAGUCCAUACAGCAUCAUUCAACCUGGUGCCAAGCCUUCUAGGUCUGUGUAUGUCUGAUGUUGUAGAAGGUACAGCCAUGGAUGCCCUUAACAGCAUGCAGAAUUUCUUAUGUGGUCGUCCUAAAACCUUCAACUCACUGGAGAAUGCCAUUGAAUGGAGUGUAAAGAGUGGACAGAUUCACAAUCUGGAGUCUGCCCGUGUUUCAAUGGUUGGCCAAGUCAAACAGUGUGAAAGAAUUACAAGUUCAGAAGGUUCAAAAUCUAUAGUGGAAUGAAUCAUAGAAGAGGAAGAAGAAGAUGAAGAAGGAAGUGAGUCGGUAAAUAAGAGGCAAAAGGAAGAUGACAUGGAGACCAAGAAGGACCAUCCAUACACCUGGAGAACUGAACUGGCAAAAACAGAAAAAUACUGGGAUGGCUGGUUCCGAGGCCUACCCAAUCUCUUUCUCAUUUGUUCUAUUCCUAAAUUGCUACUCUUGGCUGGUGUUGAUAGGCUCGAUAAAGAUCUGACAAUUGGCUAAAUGCAAGGGAAGUUUCAGAUGCAAGUCCUACCUCAGUGUGGCCAUGCAGUCCAUGAGGAUGCCCCUGAUAAGGUAGCUGAAGCUGUUGCCACUUUCUUGAUCCGGCACAGAUUUGCAGAACCCAUCGGUGGAUUCCAGUGCGUGUUUCAUGGAUGUUAG